UACUCUCUUUGCCGAUCCGUGUCGCGUACAAUAGCCAGUUUGAUGAGUUUGAUCAAGUGGUGAGUUCGAGCGGUUCGGGCUUUCGAGGAAAUGUAUGUUUUGUAGGUACUUUGUAUCGCUAUGUAUUGUAGUAAAAGUAUGGGGUGGUUAUAUCGGGCAGUUGCAUUGUUCUUGCUGAUACCUUAUGUGUACACGAUACCGACAUCCACUACCAGGACAUACCGAGGACAUGAAAUUGCGGACCACCAAAACUGUGGAUAUCAGUCUUGCCCAAAGCCACAGCCUGGGAAGCUGAAUGUGCAUUUGGUACCCCAUACUCAUAAUGAUGUUGGCUGGCUGAAGACUGUGGAUCAGUAUUACUAUGGCAGUAAAUCCAACAUUCAGAAGGCUGGAGUACAGUAUAUAAUAGAUUCAGUGCUGAAGGAACUUUUUCAUGACCCACAGAAAAGGUUCAUAUAUGUGGAGACUGCUUUCUGGUGGAAAUGGUGGAUGAAACAGCAUGAUACUGUGCGCCACCAAGUCAAGAAAUUGGUUAACAGUGGUCAGCUUGAGUUCAUUGGUGGUGGCUGGAGCAUGAAUGAUGAGGCGGUCACCAACUACCAAUCCAUUAUUGACCAACUCACCUGGGGCUUCAGGAAGCUGAAUGACACAUUUGGGAAGUGUGGGCAGCCACAUAUUGGGUGGCAGAUUGACCCAUUUGGCCAUUCCCGGGAAAUGGCAUCCAUCUUUGCCAGAAUGGGUUUUGAUGGUCUGUUAUUUGGUCGCUUGGAUUAUCAAGACAAAUUGACUCGCCUUGCAAGUAAGACUGCAGAAAUGGUCUGGCAGGGGAGUGAAAAUUUGGGUAAAGCUACCCAGCUCUUCACAAGUGUUCUGUACAAUAAUUACUCUCCCCCUCCUGGCUUUUGUUUUGAUGUCCUCUGUGAUGAUGACCCAUUCAUUGAUGAUAAACAUAGUCCAGACUACAAUGUGAACAAAUUGGUAUCGAGGUUUGUAGACUAUGUCAAGACACAGGCAAAUUUCUACUCUACAAACAAUAUUUUGCUGACAAUGGGUGGAGAUUUCACAUACCAGGAAGCUCACAUGUGGUAUAAGAAUUUGGAUAAGCUUGUCAGGUAUGUGAAUGCUGAGCAGAUAAAAAAUAACAGUGUGAAUGUGUUCUAUUCAACACCAUCCUGUUAUCUCAAAGCAGUUCAUGAUGCUGGACAAACUUGGACAACCAAGCAUGAUGACUUCUUUCCGUAUGCAAGUGAUCCUCACUCUUACUGGACAGGGUUCUUCACAUCACGGCCAACACUUAAACGCUUUGAACGGCUUGGCAAUAACUUUCUACAGGUGUGUAAGCAGUUACACUCGCUGACAGACCUGGGACCUGAAGAUCAGGUUAACCUUAAUGUUAUGCGAGAGGCAAUGGGCAUCAUGCAGCACCAUGAUGCUGUCACAGGCACUGAACGACAGAAAGUGGCGUCUGACUAUGCCCGGAUCCUGAAUGAAGGCUUCCACGAGUGUGGCAACAUUACAGAAACAGCCAUCAAUAAACUAAUUGCACACAGAGUGCAAUCUGAGGCUCCUGGCCCUGCUGGAGUACCUGCUAUCCCUCUGAAGUCCUGCCUGUUGUUGAACAUUAGCCAAUGUGACAUCUCUGAGCACUCCAGUAACUUUGUAGUUACUGUAUACAAUCCACUGAGUCAUCCAGUAUCACGUAAUGUGCGUGUUCCUGUGUCGGGUGCUUCCUACACAAUCCAGGACCCAGCAGGGAAACAAGUUAAGACCCAGCUGGUGCCCAUUCCACAGCCUGUCUUAGAAGUGCCAGGCCGAAUAAGUCCUGCCACCAUGGAGCUGGUGUUCAAUGCCAAAGACCUCCCUCCACUGGGUUUCCGGUCUUACUACAUCAGCCGGAGCAAUCACACAAACCACAGCAGUCAGCACAAGAUGUACCCCAAGAAGGAUGUCACUCUUGGUAACUCGAAAUUCAGUGCUGUACUGGAUGGGAAGACGGGCACCUUGAAGACUAUGGUCUUGGAUAAAAUUAAAUUAGCUGUCUCACAGAGCUUCUACUACUACAAAGGCUAUAUUGGAGACAAUAAAGAAUAUGCAAAUAGGUCAUCUGGAGCUUACAUCUUUCGGCCAAAUGGAUCUGAGGCAAUCCUGGUGAGCUCAACACCCAAAUCAAUUACUUACAAAGGUGAUGUUGUGGAUGAGGUGCACAUCAAGUGGUCGGACUGGCUGAGUCAAGCAUUGCGUUUAUACAAAGACAACCCAUACUUUUUGGAGUUGGAGUGGCUGGUUGGGCCAAUCCCUAUUGAUGAUAAUGUGGGUAAAGAAAUAAUAAGUCGUUUCUCAUCAGACCUUGUAUCUCAUGGUCUAUUCUACACUGAUUCUAAUGGACGUGAGGUACUGGAACGAAAACGCAACUUCCGCCCAACGUGGUCUGUGAAUAUUAAAGAGCCUGUAUCAGCCAAUUAUUACCCAGUGACAUCUAGAAUCUCACUGAGGGAUGGAGAUAAAGAGCUUUCCAUUCUGACAGACAGAGCCCAGGGUGGUUCCAGUCUUCAUGAUGGGGAAGUGGAACUCAUGGUCCACCGCAGACUGUUGCACGACGAUGCAUUUGGUGUAGGUGAGGCCCUCAAUGAGACUGCACAUGGAUAUGGACUAGUUGCAGUAGGAAAGCACUGGCUUACUGCUGGAAAUAUUUCCAGCGGCAUUGCAGCCCAAAGAGUACGCAGUCUGCAGCAGCAACUGUUGCUGUCUCCAUGGCUUUUCUUUUCUCCGGCUGACAAUAUCAGCUUUGCAGAAUGGGCCAGCACAUAUAAGAUGGAGUUCUCUGGUCUGAAUCAAGGACUACCAGAGAAUGUGCACAUCCUGACACUAGAACCAUGGAAGGCUCGCAGUUUUCUCCUUCGUCUUGAGCACAUUUAUGAGAAGAAUGAGCAUCCUGUGUUCUCCAAACCAGCCACUGUUAACCUUAAGGAUUUAUUCAAGCCAUUCUCCAUUGUACGGGCUCAAGAGACUACAUUGGGAGGUAACCAGUGGUUGUCUGAAUCACAUAGGUUUGAAUGGCAGUCAGAAUCAAAUGAAGUCGAUUCUACUCUGAAAGAAGAUGUAGACUCACCAUUAAUAUCAGAAAAGGAUGAAAAUUCUUUGACAAUUACCCUGGUCCCCAUGCAAAUCCGUACCUUCAUUGUUGAUAUUCAGAUAUUGGAAUAGUAGGGUUUUAGCAUUUGUUACAUACUCGUUUGUAUGUUCGGGUGAAAAUGUGAAACAUUUCAAAUUUUAUUGAAUCAUGCUGCUUGAUGAUCUUAUUUCUUAUGGUAUAGCUCUCUGCCAUUUUGAAGGUCCACUACUUUGUAUAGUUACAGCCAUGUUUGAUUCUUUGAUAAGUUCAAAGCACUCUUAUGUACUUCGUAUUGUAAUGAAAGGGAUUCAUAAAAUGAACCGUAUGUAACUGCUUAACUGUGAUUGCUUUUGGACAGUAUGCAAUUAGUAAUUUCACUGGAAAUAUCAAAUCACAAGUCAGUGGAAGUAAAUGGUGUUAUUGUGUAGAAUAUUUCUCUUCUGUAUGUCUUGUAUAAUAUAACAGCAUGAGUUGCUGUGCACAGAAUGUUAAAUAAAUGAACAUUAUUUUCACAA